ACAAGCUCACUACCUUUGCUCUCCAUGGAAGUGUUCCAGCAUCAGUUACUCAGUCUUGUUGGGGAUCUGAUCUGUUUCUGUACUCUGGUAAAAUGCACCAGAUUUAUGAAAGACCUUUUCCCAUACAUCUGGAGUUCUUUACCUUAGGCUUUUUUUUUUCAGUCAAUGGGAGAUUGGGCAGUGGUCACAGGACCAGGAGAUGGGAUUGGAAAAAUAUAUUCCAAUAUGUUCAGAUACAAACAGGUUUUCUUGGCUGGUUGGUCUUUGGUUUUUGGGUUUUUUGUAGUUACAGAGCUUGCCACAGAUCACAAUAUGAAGGUUACACAAGCUGAUUUCACUAAAAAUUCAGUGUAGGAGAACACUGAAAAAGUUGUGAAAGGCUUAGUUACUGGUGUUCUGAUUAACAAUGUUGUAAUGCGUCAUAAUCCUCUUCCAUACCAUUUCCUUAAUAGUCAGAAAGGUCUAAUUCUGAAUCUGUCCCCUGGUUUGAAUACUUUCCCUUGUCCAUGAUAUACAACAUACUCAGCUACUAAGAGCUUCCAGUGCAUACUUCCACAACUACUACAAGCAGAGUAUAAGGCAAAGGUAAUUAUCGUACAGGUAGUGAUUCCUUACUGUGUUUCUGCUCCAGUGACAAUGUACCAAAACCCUGGUGUUAUUACAAAGACAGUAGAAGAGUUUAUUAGAGAAUCACUGGAGUAUAUCACAUUUGGAGGCUAG